CCUCGUCACACACCACAGGCUGUGUAGAGCGCGCGCCUGGCAUGACGAUGGCUCGUCCUGGGGCGGCUUUGCCGCUGCUGCUGGUCGUGGUCGGCGCUUGCUGCGCGCGCCUGGCGGCGGCAGUGCACCUCUCCGCGCUCGGCAGGACACUCAUCGUCGAGGCGUCGCCGAAGGCCGGACAAGUCCUGCACGCCGGCGAGGACACGAUAACCGUGACAUGGCACCUCAACGCGUCGGCGUCCAGCGUCGGGUACAAGGCGCUGGAGGUGACCCUCUGCUACGCGCCGGCGAGCCAGGAGGACCGCGGGUGGCGCAAGGCCAACGACGACUUGAGCAAGGACAAGGCGUGCCAGUUCAGGAUCGCCCGGCAUGCAUACGCCGGCGGCCAGGGGACGCUCCGGUACAGGGUCGCCCGCGACGUCCCCACCGCGUCCUACCACGUGCGCGCCUACGCGCUGGACGCGUCCGGGGCGCCGGUGGGCUACGGCCAGACCGCGCCCGCCUACUACUUCCACGUCGCGGGCGUCUCGGGCGUCCACGCGUCCCUCCGGGUCGCCGCCGCCGUGCUCUCCGCGUUCUCCAUCGCCGCGCUCGCCUUCUUUGUCGUCGUCGAGAAGAGGAGGAAGGACGAGUAGGCCGUAAGCGGCACACGCGAUAUAUACCAGGGAGGCGCCACCGUGCGAGCUAGCGCUUGGUGAGCCGUCAUGUUGUGUAGUGCAGUUGUAACACAAGUAUUAAGCUAAGCACAAGUCGUACCAUGUAUCCAGCUCCAGCAUGAAUCCAAACCCAGCGUCAGUCACAAGCUGGACCUGCAUGGUGCCUGUCAACCAAAAUUCUUCUUGGAUCAUACUAAUACUAUCGUCUACAGCAUAUAGAACUUGUAUCAUACUAAUUUACAUGGCACCUUCUGCU